AUGUCUGAGCCGAAUGCCACCGUCACUACAUGCUCCUCUCCCCCAUCCGUCCCGCCCUCUGACGCCACGGCCGCAGCUCUCAACUACGCCUUUCUCGUCCAUUCCCAAAAGACAUUGACCCAGAAUCUGCCUCCUAGAGUGGAUAACAAGCUGCUGGCUCGUCAGAAACGUCGUCGGACUAGUCCGGAGGACCAUGCUAUUCUAGAGGCCGAGUAUCAGCGGAAUUCGAAGCCGGACAAGACUGCGAGAGCGGAUAUUGUCAAUCGGGUUUCGCUAGGGGAGAAGGAGGUGCAGAUUUGGUUCCAGAACCGCCGCCAGAACGAUCGUCGGAAGUCAAAACCGCUUCAACCUCAUGAACUUCUCGCGCCGCGUGCUAUUGCAGACCAUUUGAGAAACGAUGAUAAUGUAUCGGCGGAACGCAGCACAGUGGAGCAGGGUGACCUUGACAAUGCACCGUCGUCGGACGUGUUGCAGUCAUCUUUCGAGUCGGACCCUGUAUCUGGUGCUGAGGACAAGGAUGAACAAGAACGGUCUAUUCAAAGCUCUCAGACGAGUUUGGAUUCAGAGACAUCCGAAGCUCCCCAGCAGCUAAACGAGGAGGCAGCAGCAGCAGAACCAGAACCAGAACCAGUGGAGAACCCCGAAAUACCGGCAGAUGCAUCACAGUUGAACAUCACCAAGCGAAAGCGAUCGGUGACUGACCUGCGUGGCGAUGCAUCUGAAUCACAGCCAGCAGAGAAAGAUGCGUCAAAGGAUUUCAAGUCACCACCCUCGCUGCGGAUUUCACUAUCUUUUGACGGCGAGGCAAUGGUACGGAAAGAAGGCGAAAUGACCCCGUCCCCGCCAAAGGGACGAAACGCUCUUCGCAUCUCCAUGUCUUCGGAUGGGAAGGCGGUCAUUCGAACGGAUGAUGAACCCUCUCCAUCCAAGAACCGUAUAUCCAUGUUCUCUACUCGGAAGUCCCGCUUCGCAGGUCUCCGACGGAGCAACAGUGCCAUCCUUCCCGCAACGCCGCGAGUGGCCUCGAGUGAGAAAGAGAGAAUGUUCGGUCGAUCUCGUGAUCCCCGUAACUGGGAGUCCGUUUUCGACACGGACGCCAGGAGUGCUCUGUCAACUCCUGGCAGCGCUCAGAGUGCGCCACAUAGCACCCCAGGACUCUUACGUUCGCAGGGCCAGCGAUCAUUGACCCGAAGCCUUUCCUCAAGGCAGAAUGCCUUUGCCAACAACUCUCCCAGUCACCCCGACACUCCCGUGCCUCUGCAGACGGGAGACAAGAGGCGGAAACUUUCUCGCACGGUCUCGUCUCUCGGACGACUAGAGUCGAACAGAGCAAAUGCAUUAGGUCAGGUAUCGGGUAAUUCUCUCAAGAUGCCCAAACUCUUUGGCAACUCCAAGAAGAACAAUGAAGACUUUGAAUUCCACAACGGUGAUUCAGAUAAAGAGAACUGGAUCCCGGGCACUCGGAUAUCCAACGUCCGUCGACGCACAAUGAGCUCCAACAUGCAACGCCCAGCACUCAAAGACACGAACAGCAAAAGCCGCCGCUCCCGGCUUUCCCAAGCUCAUCAGCAACGAAAGGCCGCCCCCGAGGUUGAUCCAGAAGUCUCCGCAUUCAUGACAAACGGCAGCAGUGCCAGCCAGGAAGAAGAUCUCGACUGCAUCCAAGGCUUAUUAUCACUGAGCCAAGGUGCAUGGAGGUAG